ACCCUGGGCCUGCCGUAUUCAGAGGCCAUGGACGUUUGGUCAUUAGGCUGCAUGAUGGCCAGGAUGUUGACUCAAGAUAGUCUCUUCGGAUCAAACUCAGAAUACUGGACACUCCGACGCAUGAUCCUUCUGCUGGGUGUGAUGCCGCAACAUCUCAUCAAUGCUGGCUGGAGAUCACGAUUGUUUUGUAAGACAAUGCCUAAUGGUUUGUGGCGGCUGAAGACACCUACAGAGUAUUUUGGGAGCCAUGUCGUCUACUCCUACCGCACAGUUUACACGUUCGGCUCUCUGGAUGAAAUGAAAAUGGUGUGCUCUGAGACGGACAACCCAGCAGAGGCUGAUGAGAGGAGGGAGUGCACUGAGCUUUUGAAGGCGAUGCUUCGGUGGGAUGAGAAGGACAGAAUCACCCCCAGUGGUAUCCUCAACCAUCCCUUCAUCACCAGAAGCUACCUCAGCAGCAGCUCCCCCACCAGCAGUUGCGAUGAACCUAAGCCCUCCACCAGCAAGUUCAUCAUGGUUAAGCCUGCAGACCCUGAAAACAGAAUUAACCUGACAGACUUGCCUGAUGAGGACAGUUACCUGAAGAGCAGUGAGCAUGAGGACGACAGAAUCACCCCCAGUGGGAUCCUCAACCAGCCCUUUAUCACUAGAAGCUACCUCAACAGCAGCUCCCCCACCGGCAGUUGCGAUGAACCUAAACCCUCCACCAGCACAUUCAUCAUGGUUAAGCCUGCAGACCCUGAAAACAGAAUUAACCUGACAGGCUUGCCUGAUGAGGACAGAGACCUGAAGAGCAAUGAGUAUGAGGACAGUGAGGAUAGCAGCGAUUAUAAAGACGCUGACUACAAUGACGACAGUGACCUGGAGGACAGCAAGGAUAGUAAUGAUGAUGAAGACACUGAGGUCACUGAGAAGGAGCAGAGGAAGACAAAGAAGAAGAAGAAGAACUUCUUCCAACGCGUCUUCUCUUGGAUAAAGAAGUCAAGAAGACGUUCUGCUGCUGCUGUGUAUCCAAUGUGAUGAACUGAGCAGCACUGCUGGACUGGAUUCACAUUUCGGACUCACAGUUCCUGACCGCAGUAUGCUUCGCUGGGUUUAUUGUUCUCUUGUGUUUUGAUCUCAUGAGUUUUCUGUAUCCUGUUCUCACUCUUCUUUACCCUCACCCCAACCGGUCGAGGCAGAUGGCCGCCCUGUCUGAGCCUGGUUCUGCCGGAGGGUUCUUCCUGAAAAAGGGAGUUUUACCUCCCCACUGUCGCCAAGUGCUUGCUCAGACAGGGAAUCCAAAGGAAAUUUUGGAUUUGUUGCAUCUCUCUCUAUAAUUUUGUCUUUAAUUUUCUAAUUGAAGUGUCUUGAGAUCACACAUUUGAACUAGUAAAUAAAAUUGAUUGAAAAUGAAUUGAAAGGUUCACCCAAAAAGUGUCUGGAUUUUAGUCACAUGGUUGUUGCUCACAACUGGCCUGAGUCAGUCAUGGCUUCUCAGUUGAAGUGCAAAACACAUACUUUUUUAACAUUUUGAAUAAAGUGACUACAAUGAAAUACGACAAUUUUACAAGUCCAGAUAUCACCAGGUCAUUCAUCCUUGUGUACUGCUCCAGGUCAUCUACUCUUCUUUCAAGGUCUUCAAUUUUUUUUAUCCUUUUCUUUUAUCACAGCCUUCAGUUGUUUCACUACUUCAAUUAAGUCCAGUAGGCAAAUCUCUUGCUUUGCCACCUUACUUAACUCAUCUGACAUGAAGUUCAGAGAUUUUUUUAACCUCUUCCAUGUCUUCUCCUAAUUUCUUUGUAGCCAUGACUUUUAAUUAAUUAGGACAGUAUUUAUCAAGGGAACAACCCACACACACAACGUUCCUGCCGAUACUCCAGGCAAUUCAUUGUUGCUGUUAUGUCAAUACGCUGCGGCCGAGGAGCUUCGGCGUCGUUAUCUUUCACACGCCAUAACUUGUUCACUCUGCUCGGGCAAUGCGGCUAGUUAGCCCCACUAGCUGCUGGUUAGCUUAGCCUCCAAGGCCUCCGUUAAACAACCCACCGCUUCGUACCGAUUUAGGACUAAGAACGGCCGCUUCUGCUCCGUCUGCGUUUCUGAAUCCCCACACCGACAUCCAUAGGUGGAGAAAGUUCUAAAAAACAGUUUUUCAAGGCUUGAAGCUGCGUUUUCUGUCCAACGUGUCUCCUCCACGAUGCGAAGAAAGAAUUAAUGCUACACCUUGGGAAAAAGACGACCAUUCUUACACAAGUUCUUCUUAGUUUGCAUGAACAUUUCAAAUUAUGUAACACUUUUGAAUGAAUCUAGGUCAGAACCAAAUAAAACCACUGCUGCCAAACAGUUCAGUCCCUACAUGUCAUCAGCACAUUGAGAAGCUACAAAACGGACGACUGAAGGAACACGGCUCAAAGGAAAGAGUAGCUGCUGAGAAGCCAUUAUUGAGGCUUGCAAACACCCACAAACACCUAAAAUUUUCCAGAGAGCACAAACACUAGAAUGUAGAUGACUGGAAGAAGGUACUCUGGACAGAGGAGACCAAGUUUCAUUUUGAGGUUCAGUCACCAUCGUCAUAUUUAUGUCCGCAGAAAAGCUGGAGAACGUUUUCACGUUUUCAUGCUAGUUGCACUACCCACAUCACAAUCACACAUCAAAUGUGAACAGUGUGAACCAGACGAGUGUGACUUGGAGCACAGUUGGACAGCUGUGUAAACUCAGUAACGGUUGGCUUCCUGACAAAGGCUCAAGUGGGAAAAUCAAAAAACUAAAAAAAAAAUCACUUUUGAAACCUUGUUCCUUUUUACGAAGACCAAUACAGGCCUGUGUGGUGUGACUUCUGACUUUCUUUUGCAUGGCAAUUUCAUUUGAAAUUCCACUUUCUUACUGAAUUUGUUGAAAUAUUUCUUUUCAUUGUAUGCCUUUUUUAUGAAGACCAAUGACGAUGCAACAGAGACAAAUACAAACUGCAGUACAAUGUUUCACUUAAUUAAACUUGCUGAUAAGCUACAAAAAUUUGGCCUUAAUCUUUCUUUGCUGACUACCGAUGUUUAGUCAGUGGAUGGAGUUAUCCAUGGUAAGCACUGAGCAAAGAGUAAUGUGGCUCUGCUAUCUCAUUGUUGCAUCAUGCAUGAUAUAUACUUGUUUUAUAUAAACAGGAAUAAACAGGAAUAAUAUUUACAGAUGAUCUGAAUCCUUUGCCCAGGUGGCUUUGA